GGACAAGGACUAUGGCCUAGCCAUAUAAAGGAUAACGGUAUAAAUCCAGUCCCCGGAGUUUCUCACGAGGUUAGCCAGACAGUGGAUUAUGAUGGCGUCGCAUACGUAGCUGAAGUCACUAUUGGCACACCAGAACAGAAAUUUAGGGUAAUCAUGGAUACUGGAUCUGCGAAUUUCUUUAUACCUGACGUCUCGUGCCAGGGAAUUCGACCGAAAGCUUGCGAAAGCUCGAAAUGUGACGCAGGACUAGUGUGCAAAGUGUUCUGCUCUGACCAGAGGUGUUGUCGAAAGUCUAUAGGGAAGGCUUGCAGCGAAAACAAUUCAUUCAAUGCAACAGCCUCUACCAGCUAUAUGAAGACGGAGGGAAAAUGGAACGUUCAGUACUCCCCUCUAAGUGCCGAAGGAUUCCUUGGAAAUGAUACAGUUCGUCUUCGGUGUGAUAGGCUCCGAGCAGCUUGUCGUCCCUGGAACAAUUUUUCGGUCAAGCAACAAAGUUCGCGUCUUCAUUUGGAGACAACGAAUAUAGAUGGUAUUCUCGGACUAGCUUUUCCAGCGAUCGCGUCCAGUCGAAUUCACCCCACCGUUGAGCCGCGCUAUCCAACUUCACUUACUGGACCUACCCCUAUUCACCGUCUAUCUUGGAGCAGCUAA